AUGCCUGGCGGAAAGGGAAAGUCGAUCGGUGGAAAGGGUGGUUCCAAGGACUCUGCGGGGAAGGCCCAGAAGUCUCACAGCGCAAAGGCUGGUCUACAGUUCCCCUGUGGUCGUGUCAAGCGUUUCUUGAAGAACAACACUCAGAACAAGAUGCGUGUCGGUGCUAAGGCUGCUGUCUACGUGACUGCUGUCCUCGAGUACUUGACUGCGGAAGUUCUGGAGCUGGCUGGCAACGCCGCCAAGGACCUGAAGGUCAAGCGUAUCACUCCCCGUCACCUGCAACUGGCCAUCCGUGGUGACGAAGAGCUGGACACUUUGAUCCGGGCGACUAUCGCCUUUGGUGGUGUCCUGCCCCGCAUCAACCGCGCCCUCCUGCUGAAGGUUGAGCAGAAGAAGAAGGGCAAGAUCGAGCUGUAA